AGUUUUUCAGCCGCUGGGGGUUGGGACUAGUCAGCCGGCCGAGUAGCGCUCCGUCCCUCCCUCUCUUUUUCCUACCUCCCUCCCUUCUUCCUCCCUCCUUCCCCCGCUAACCCUUCGCGGGUGGGGAAAAGUUAAGGCGUUAGAACAGCGUUAAAUUGUGGAGAGCGUGAGUUGCCAGGACUGGCGGGGGUGGCAUAAGGCAUCUCGCUUGCCGGGGUCUGCGAGGUAUCCUUGAGGCUGGGCCGCUAGGCUGGUCCGUCGUGGUGCUUGGUUGAAUUUCUCUCACCUGCUGGCUUCUGAAGUAUGCGGAGCUGCGUUUGCGUUGGUGGGAGGAGUCUCCGACCUCUCGUCGCCCUCUACUCCUCUCGUCUCUAGAACCAAGCUUUGAACUUGCAGUCCUGCGACAAAGCGCCGGCACCAGAUACCCGGGCACCGGGAGUCACCAGCCCAGUUCAAAUCUCUGUGAUUCCAAAACAGAUUUGUUGCAACGCGCUCUUGGCAGUCCUAAACAAUUGAUCUUGGUGUACCGGUAUGUGUGUUCCUGUUGUGAUUGCAUCAUGGAAAAUCAGUUGGCUAAAUCAAGUGAGGAAAGAACAUUUCAGUACCAGGAUUCUCUUCCAUCACUGCCUGUUCCUUCACUUGAAGAAUCAUUAAAGAAAUACCUUGAAUCAGUAAAGCCAUUUGCAAAUGAAGAAGAAUAUAAGAAAACUGAAGCAAUUGUUCAAAAAUUUCAAAAUGGUAUUGGAGAAAAAUUGCAGCAGAAAUUACUUGAAAGGGCAAAAGAAAAAAGAAAUUGGCUGGAAGACUGGUGGCUGAAUGUUGCCUACCUGGAUGUUCGUAUACCAUCACAACUGCAUGUCAACUUUGGGGGUGCUGCAAGCCAUAUUGAACACUAUUGGCCUCCAAAGGAAGGCACGCAAUUGGAAAGAGGAAGUAUAAGUCUUUGGCAUAUCUUGAACUACUGGCAGCUGUUAAGAAAAGAAAAAUUGCCUGUUCAUAAAGUUGGAAAUACUCCUCUAGAUAUGAAUCAAUUCCGAAUGCUGUUCUCCACCUGCAAGGUUCCAGGAAUUACUAGAGAUUCAGUUAUUAAUUAUUUUAGGACUGAGAGUGAAGGGCAUUGCCCAAGUCACAUUGCAGUGAUGUGUCGAGGCCGAGUUUUUGUGUUCGAUGUAAUGCAUGAAGGAUGUUUGAUGACCCCACCAGAGAUUCUCAGGCAACUGACAUACAUCCAAAAGAAGUGCCAUAGUGAACCUGAUGGACCUGGGGUAGCAGCGUUAACUAGUGAGGAGCGAACUCGAUGGGCUAAGGCACGAGAAUAUUUGAUUAGUCUUAAUCCAGAGAACUUGACUAUGUUAGAAAAAAUUCAGAGCAGUUUACUGGUAUUUUGUUUAGAUGACGGCAGUCCACAUGUAACACCGGAAGAUUAUUCUCAGGUUGCUACAAAGGUUCUUACUGGAGAUCCAACAGUACGCUGGGGUGACAAAUCUUAUAACUUGAUUUCCUUUUCUAAUGGAGUAUUUGGCUGUAAUUGUGAUCAUGCUCCUUAUGAUGCAAUGGUUAUCGUAAGCAUCAGCUAUUAUGUUGAUCAGAAAAUUUUUGAGAGUGAAGGAAGAUGGACGGGUUCAGAUAAAGUACGGGAUAUACCACUUCCAGAGGAGCUUGUUUUCACUGUGGAUGGAAAAGUAUUAAAUGACAUCAACCAAGCGAAAGCCCAAUAUUUCAAGCAGGCAUCUGAUCUGCAGCUUUUGGUCUAUGCCUUUACGUCUUUUGGCAAAAAGCUAACCAAGAAGAAGAAGCUUCACCCUGAUACCUUUGUUCAGCUAGCACUUCAGCUGGCCUAUUAUAGACUUCAUGGACGCCCUGGUUGCUGCUAUGAAACAGCUAUGACAAGAUACUUUUAUCAUGGCCGUACAGAGACUGUGCGAUCAUGUACAGUGGAAGCAGUCAGAUGGUGCCAAUCCAUGCAGGAUCCUUCUACCAGUCUUUUUGAGCAGCAGCACAGGAUGUUAGAAGCUUUUGCAAAACAUAAUAAAAUGAUGAAAGAUUGUUCAACUGGAAAAGGAUUUGACCGUCAUCUGUUAGGUCUCUCACUCAUAGCAAAAGAGGAAUGUCUCCCUGUUCCAGAACUCUUUACAGACCCACUUUUCUCCAGAAGUGGAGGAGGUGGAAACUUUGUUCUCUCAACAAGUCUGAUUGGUUAUUUAAGAGUCCAGGGAGUGGUGGUUCCCAUGGUACACAAUGGCUAUGGAUUUUUCUAUCAUAUCAGAGAUGACAGGAGGCAAGAAUAUACAAUGGAGAAAAGACAACCUCUUCAAUAAGUGGUGCUGGGAAAAACUGGACAGCUACAUGUAAAAGAAUGAAAUUAGAACACUCCCUAACACCAUACACAAAAAUAAACUCAAAAUGGAUUAAAGCCCUAAAUGUAAGGCCAGACACUAUCAAACUCUUAGAGGAAAACACAGGCAGAACACUCUAUGACAUAAAUCACAGCACGAUCCUUUUUGACCCACCUCCUAGAGAAAUGGAAAUAAAAACAAAAAUAAACAAAUGGGACCUAAUGAAACUUAAAAGCUUUUGCACAGCAAAGGAAACUAGAAACAAGACGAAAAGACAACCCUCAGAAUGGGAGAAAAUAUUUGCCAAUGAAGCAGCUGACAAAGGAUUAACCUCCAAAAUUUACAAGCAGCUCAUGCAGCUCAAUAACAAAAAAACAAACAACCCAAUCCAAAAAUGGGCAGAAGACCUGAAUAGACAUUUCUCCAAAGAAGAUAUACAGAUUUCCAACAAACACAUGAAAGAAUGCUCAACAUCAUUAAUCAUUAGAGAAAUGCAAAUCAAAACUACAGUGCGGUAUCAUCUCACACUGGUCAGAAUAGCCAUCAUCCAAAAAUCUACAAACAAUAAAUGCUGGAGAGGGUGUGGAGAAAAGGGAACACUCUUGCACUGCUGGUGGGAAUGUGAAUUGAUACAGCCACUAUGGAGAACAGUAUGGAGGUUCCUUAAAAAACUAAAAACAGAACUACCAUAUGACCCAGCAAUCCCACUACUGGGUGUAUACCCUGAGAAAACCAUAAUUCAAACAGAGUCAUGUACCAAAGUGUUCAUUGCAGCUUUAUUUACAAUAGUUAGGACAUGGAAGCAACCUAAGUGUCCAUUGACAGAUGAAUGGAUAAAGAAGAUGUGGUACAUAUAUACAAUGGAAUAUUACUCAGCCAUAAAAAGAAACGAAAUUGAGUUAUUUGUAGUGAGGUGGAUGGACCUAGAGUCUGUCAUACAGAGGGAAGUAAGUCAGAAAGAGAAAAACAAAUACCGUAUGCUAACACAUAUAUAUGGAAUCUAAAAAAAAAAAUUGUCAUGAAGAACCUAGGGGUAAGACGGGAAUAAAGACACAGACCUACUAGAGGAUGGACUUGAGGAUACGGGGAGGGGGAAGGGGAAGCUGUGACAAAGUGAGAGAGUGGCAUGGACAUAUAUAUACUACCAAACGUAAAAUAGAUAGCUAGUGGGAAGCAGCCACAUAGCACAGGGAGAUCAGCUCAGUGCUUUGUGACCACCUAGAGGGGUGGGAUAGGGAGGGUGGGAGGGAGGGAGACGCAAGAGGGAAGAAAUACGGGGACAUAUGUAUAUGUAUAACGGAUUCACUUUGUUAUAAAGCAGAAACUAACACACUAUUGUAAAGCAAUUAUACUCCAAUAAAGAUGUUUAAAAAAAAAAAAUCGGAUGUGGCCAGAUGUGGCAAGGCCCCCCACGGUAACCAGAGCUCUCACCCUUGGUCCACUCUGAGGCUGCAUUCAGUGUUUAAAUGCAAUGCUAGGAGACCAGUUCCAGUCUGCUGUACAUGGUGGAGCGAUAAAGUUUUACUGAAGAUUUUUUGGAGAAGGUGUGGAAGAAGAGUGACAUUGCAUACCACGUGGCAAACAUCACAGCAGUUCCCUUUAAACAUCUAUGUUCCACUGGAAUUUCCUCUCUAAAUAUCAGCCUUCUGGGACUUCUCUCGUGGUCCGGUGAGCAAGACGCCUUGCUGUGGUGCUCCAAGGACAAGGGUGCUUCAAGGACAAAGGACGACCCUGCCUGAAAACGUUUCAGCGUCACACCCCCUACUGGACUCUUAAUCACCCUCCCCACCAUGUUGCGAUGGUUAUGAAAUUCCUGAGCCCACCUGGGCGAUGGGACCUGUCCCAAAUAAGGAAAGGCAUCUGCCCUGUCCCACUCCCACUCUAUAGAAGGAAGGUAUAUAUGCCUCGACCAAUCAGUAAAUGAAAUUUUCACCUUGGACCAUUCCUUUGUUCUCUGGCUGUAAAAACUGACUAAUAGCACAUGUUCGGAAUAGGAAGUCAGCCCACUGCUCUGGCAGCGACCGUUCCCUCUAAUAAAGUCUGUCUUCUUUAAAAAAAAAAAAUGUGUGACAUAGUUCAGUUUCUAAGGUACUGUUUUUCUAUUUUUCCUUUUUUUAAGAGUUUACAUUCAGUGUUAUUUUUUUCAAAAUUUUAUCAUCUGUCUCCAUGUCAAGCGUGACUUGUGCAUACCAGGGGUGCUUGUAUUUGUUGGCAUCCAAGUCUUAGAUGAUGUAUUCCCAGAGUAUUCAGUUUCUGUACAUUAAUCUACAAAUUGAAGGUUGAAUGAUGGAUCUUAUUAGCCAUGUUUAUCCUUUAUCAGGUCCAAAAUCAUUAUCAUAUACAGAGAAUAACUAAAGGAUUCUAACAUAUUCUCUGACAUGUCGUGGAUGUUACAUUGCAUGCAGUGAUAAGAGUUUAAGCCAGAUAUGCCUCAGCUCUUUGACUUUUUGAAAAAUGUAUUUUUAAUGAUCCUGGGACAGUUUCCAAUCGCUUAUUCAGGAAAUAUUUAAUGAGAACUUAAAAUGUGCCAAGGAUUGUUUUAGGUGCUAAGGACACAAGACAGACAAAACCCCUCUCUUAAAGAUAGUAUUUUCUACUUGGGAAACAGGAACAAGAGCAAACAAAUAAGCAGGAUAACUGCAAAUAGUGAGGAAGGUUGUAGAGCAAAUAAUCAAAUUGUUGUGGUAAUAGAGACAAACUGGUAGAGUCAGAGCACUGCUUUAUAUAGUAUGUGGUCAGGGAAGGUGUCUGAGGGAGGGAUGAUGAAACUGAGAUGUUAAGGAUGUGAAGGAAUCCAUCAUACGAAUAACCAGGAAAACAGCUCUCCAGAAUCUGAUCCCUGCUUGCUCUCUCCAACUCUGCCACCCUGGCUGAGCCACCGUCUUCUCCCUCUUAGGUCACUGCAACAGGUUCUCUGCGGUCUUCUUGCUGCCACCUGUCCUUCCCUACAGACCAUUCUCUACACAGCAGCCCUGAUGGCCAAAUGGAACUCAACUCGUAUUGUUCUCCUACUCAGAAGCCUCCGAGGGCUUCUUCUUUCACUCACGCAAGAUCCAAAGUCCUCCUGAGAGACCCUACAUGAUCUAGGUCUCAUCUACCUCUCUGACCCUGUCUCCUACAAGGCUGCCACUGAUUCCCUUGUACCUUGAACAUGCCAGGCAAGCGCCCUCCUCAAGGCCUUCACGGUCAUGAUUUCCUCAGCUUAGUAGUCUCUUCCUUGAAAUACGUGCAAGGAUGACUCCCUUAUUUCAGAUAGGUAUUUGCUGUCAUCUGAGAGGCCUUCCCUGACCAUCUAAAAUAGCAUUUUUUCCCCCUUCCCCACACACACCUGCAUUUUAACCACCGUGUGUGUGUGUAUAUGUACUUAUUUGCAUGUUACCUAUCUUUCCUUCCUAGAAUACAGUCCCACAAAUGUGGUCUUUGUUUUUGUAUCCCCAGCUCUGUAACAAUACCUCAUAAAUAUGUUGCACUCAGUAAAUGUUUCACAAUGACUUUGUUGUUUAACAUAAGCAUACAGGUCUGAGGGCAGGGAAGAGCUGGGAAUUUUAAGGGACAGAGGCACUAUGGCUCUACAUUAACUAGUGAGUGGGAGGGUGGUAGAAGAAGAGAUUGAAGAGCGGUAGACAAGAGCUAAAUCUGGUAGGGAGGGCAGUGUUCUCAGCCCUGAGUGCACAUGAGAAUCACCUGGAGAACUUUAAAAACAGCACUCCUGGAGAUACUGAUUUGGUUGCGGUGGUCAGUUGAUGUAGGGCCUUGUAACAUGCUAAGGAGUCUGGAUUUUCUCCUAAAAAUAAUAGAAAGCAUUUUACCAAUUUUAAGCAUGAAAGGUACAUUUUAUUUACAUGUGAAAAGGAUCCUUGGCUGUUACGUGCAAUAUAAAUUAGGUGGACAGUACUAUGAGCAAGAAUGAGAUGAAGGAAAAAAAAAUGAGAUGAAGGAAAUCAGGAAGCAUGGAUGAUACAUUGAACGAGGCAGUUGAUACUGAGGGUGGAGAGCAGUAGAGGUAUUUGAGAGGUAUUUUGGAGGUAGAACCAGUAAGAUUUACUGAUGGAUUGCUGAUUCCGAUGGUGGCAUUUACUGGGAUGGAGAAAAUUAGAGGGGAAAUGGCCAUGUUAGGGUAGAAUCAACAAUUUUGUUUUCUACAUGGUGACUUCAAGAUUUCUGCUAAUACAGGAAUUUAUUAUAAUUUAUAUACAAGAGAAUAUGCCAGUAGGCAGUUGGAUAUAUGUUUGGAGUUCAGAAAAGAGGUCAGAUCUCGAAGUGUACAUUUAUGAGUCAUUACUAUGUAUACACCCAAAAUAGUUUUUAAAUGAAAUAACAAUACAUGGAAAUUCUCUGAAAGGAAUUUUUUCAUUCACUAUUAAGCUUGAAAAUGUGUGACCUAAAGAAUAUUGGUUUACUUUUGAAAUAGCAUUUUAUUUUAUUUUAUUUUUAGAACUACAAUGCCAUGUUUAUUGUGAAGUGAAAUUAUUUGUUAGAGGAAUUAAUGAACACCCAGCAUGUGGAUAUUUGGGCAAUAAUUUAUUUUUGGAAUUUUAUUUUUUUUAUACAGUAGGUUUUUAUUAGUUAUUUUAUGCAUAUUAGUGUAUAUGUGUCAAUCCCUAUCUCCCAAUUCAUCCCACCAUCCCUCACCCCCGCACUUUCCCCCCUUGGUGUCCAUAUGUUUGUUCUCUACAUCUGUGUGUCUGUUUCGGCCUUGCAAACUGGUUCAUCUGUACCAUUUUUCUAGAUUCCACAUAUAUGCGUUAAUAUACGAUAUUUGUUUUUCCCUUUCUGACUUACUCUGUAUGACAGUCUCUAGGUCCAUCCACGUCUCAACAAAUGAUGCAAUUUCAUUCCUUUCUAUGGCUGAGUAAUAGUCCAUUGUAUAUAUGUACCACAUCUUUAUCCAUUCCUGUUGAUGGGCAUUUAGGUUGCUUCCAUGACCUGGCUACUGUAAAUAGUGCUUCAGUGAACAUUGGGGUGCAUGUGUCUUUUCUGAAUUACGGUUUUGUUCUGGGUAUAUGCCCAGUAGUGGGAAUGCUGGAUCAUAUGGUAAUUCUAUUUUUAGUUUUUUAAGGAGCCUCCAUACUGUUCUCCAUAGUGGCUGCUGUAUCAGUUUACAUUCCCACCAACAAUGCAUUUGGUGGGAAUGCACUGUUGCAUUCUCCACACCCUUGCCACCAUUGGUUGUUCGUAGAGUUUCUGAUGAUGCCCAUUCUAACCGAUGUGAGGUGAUACCUCACUGUAGUUUUGAUUUGCAUUUCUCUAAUAAUUAGUGAUGUUUAGCAGCUUUUCAUGUGCCUCUUGGCCAUCUGUAUGUCUUCUUUGGAGAAAUGUCUACUAAGGUCUUCUGCCCAUUUUUGGAUUGGGUUUUUUUUUUUUUUAAUAUUGAGCUGCAUGGGCUGUUUAUAUAUUUUGGAGAAAAUCCUUUAUCUGUUGAUUCAUUUGCAAAUACUUUCUCCCAUUCUGAGGGUUGACUUUUCGUCUUGUUUCUAGUUUCCUUUGCUGUGCAAAAGCUUUUAAGUUUCAUUAGGUCCCAUUUGUUUAUUUUUGUUUUUAUUUCCAUUACCCUGGGAGGUGGGUCAAAAAAGACUCUUUAUGUCAAAGAGUAUUCUUCCUAUGUUUUCCUCUAAGAGUUUUGUAGUGUUCGGUCUUACAUUUAGGUCUUUAAUCCAUUUUCAGUUUAUUUUUGUAUAUGGUGUUAGGUAGUGUUCUAAUUUCAUCCUUUUACAUGAACUGUCCAGUUUUCCCAGCACCACUUAUUGAAAAGACUGUCUUUUCUCCAUUGUAUAUCCUUGCUUCCUUUCUCAUAGAUUAGUUGACCAUAGGUGCGCGGGUUUAUCUCUGGGCUUUCUAUCCUGUUCCAUUGAUCUGUAUUUCUGUUUUUGUGCCAGAACCAUAUUGUCUUGAUUAUGGUAGCUUUGUAGUAUAGUCUUCAGUCAGGAGGUCUGAUUCCUCCAGCUCCAUUUUUUUCCCUUAAAAUUGCUUUGGCUAUUUGAGCUCUUUUGUGUCUUCAUACAAAUUUUAAGAUUUUUUGUUCUAGUUCUGUACAAAAUGACAUUGAUAAUUUGAUAGGGAUUGCAUUGAAUCUGUAGAUUGCUUUGGGUAGUAUAGUCAUUUUCACAAUAUUGAUUCUUCCAGUCCAAAAACAUGGUAUCUGUCUCUCCAUCUGUUUGUGUCAUCUUUGACUUCUUUCAUUACUGUCUUAUAGUUUUCUGCAUACAGGUCUUUUACCUCCUCAGGUAGGUUUAUUCCUUGGUAUUUUAUGCUUUUGCUGCAAUGGUGAAUGGGGUUCUUUCCUUAAUUUCUCUUUCUGAUCUUUCAUUGUUAGUGUAUAGGAAUGCAAGACAUUUCUGUGCAUUAAUUGUGUAUCCUGCAACUUUACCAAAUGCAUUGAUUAGCUCUAGUAGUUUUCUGGUGGCAUCUUUAGGAUUAUCUAUGUACAGUAUAUAUCAUCUGCAAACAGUGAUAGUUUUACUUCUUCUUUUCCAGUUUGGAUUCCUUUUAUUUCUUUUUCUUCUCUGAUUGCCGUGGCUAGGACUUCCAAAACUCUAUUGAAUAAUAGUGGCAAGAGUGGACAUCCUUGUCUUGUUCCUGACCUUAGAGGAAAUGCUUUCAGUUUUUCACCAUUGAGAAUGAUGUUUGCUGUGGGUUUGUCGUACAUGGCCUUUAUUAUUUUUAGGUAGGUUCCCUCUCUGCCCACAUUCUAGAGAGUUUUUAUCAUAAAUGGGUGUUGAUUUUGUCAAAAGCUUUUUCUGCAUCUAUUGAGAUGAUCAUAUGGUUUUUCUUCUUCAACUUGUUAAUAUGGUGUAUCACAUUGAUUUGUGUAUGUUGAAGAAUUCUUGUGUCCCUGGGAUAAAUCCCACUUGAUCAUGGUGUAUGGUCCUUUUAAUGUGUUGUUGGAGUGUGUUUGCUAGUAUUUUGUUGAGAAUUUUUGCUAGUAUUUUGUGGAGAAUUUUUGCAUCUAUAUUCAUCAGUCAUAUUGGUCAGUAAUUUUCUUUUUUUGUAGUAUCUUUGUCUAGUUUUGGUAUCAGGGUGACGGUGGCCUUGUAGAAUGAGUUUGGGAGUGUUCCUUCCUCUGCAGUUUUUUGGAAGAGUUUGAGAAGGAUGGGUGUUAGCUCUUCUCUAAAUGCUUGGUAGAUUUCACCUGUAAAGUCAUCUGGUCCUGGACUUUUGUUCGUUGGAGGAUUCUUAAUCACAGUUUCAAUUUCAUUACUUGUGAUAGGUCUGUUCAUAUUUUCUGUUUCUUCCUGGUCAGUCUUGUAAGGUUAUACUUUUCUAAAAAUUUGUCCAUUUCUUCCAGGUUGUCCAUUUUAUUGGCAUAGAGUUGCUUGUAGUAGUCUCUUAGGAUGCUUUGUAUUUCUGCGGUGUCCAUUGUAACUUCUCCUUUUUUCAUUUCUAAUAUUAUUGAUUUGAGUCAUCUCCCUCUUUUCCUUGAUGAGUCUGGCUAAAGGUUUGUCAGUUUUGUUUACCUUCUCAAAGAACCAGCUUUUAGUUUUAUUGAUCUUUGCUAUUGUUUUCUUUGUUUCUAUUUCAUUUAUUUCUGCUCUGAUCUUUAUGAUUUCUUUCCUUCUAUCAACUUUGGGUUUUGUCUGUUCUUCUGUCUCUAGUUCCUUUAGGAGUAAGGUUAGAUUGUUUAUUUGAGACCUUUCUUGUUUCUUGAGGUAGAAUUGUAUUGCUAUAAACUUCCCUCUUAGAACUGCUUUUGCUGCAUCCCAUAGGUUUUGGGACAUCGUGUUUUCAUUGUCAUUUAUCUCUAGGUAUUAUUUGAUUUCCUCUUUGAUGUCUUCAGUGAUCUCUUGGUUAUUUAGUAAUGUAUUGUUUAGCCUCCACGUGUUUGUGUUUUUUACAGUUUUUCCCUGUAAUUGAUUUCUAAUCUCAUUGCGUUGUGGUCAGAAAAGAUGCUUGAUAUGAUUUCAAUUUUCUUAAAUUUACCGAGGCUUGAUUUGUGACCCAAGAAGUGAUCUAUCCUGGAGAAUGUUCUGUGUGCACUCGAGAAGAAAGUGUAAUCUGCUGUUUUUGGAUGGAAUGUCCUAUAAAUAUCAAUGAAAUCUAACUGGUCUAUUGUGUCAUUUAAAGCUUGUGUUUCCUUUUUAAUUUUCUGUCUGGAUGAUGUAUCCAUUGGUGUUAGUGAGGUGUUGAAGUCCUCCACUAUUGUGUUACUGUCGAUUUCCUCUUUUAUAGCUGUUAGCAUUUGCCUUAUGUACUGAGGUGCUCCUAUGUUAGGUGCAUAUAUAUUUAUAGUUGUUAUAUUUUCCUCUUGGAUUGAUCCCUUGAUCAUUAUGUAGUGUCCUUCCUUGUGUCUUGCAGCAUUCUUUAUUUUAAAGUCUAUUUUAUCUGAUAUGAGUAUUGCUACUCCAGCUUUCUUUUCAUUUCCAUUUGCAUGGAGUCUCUUUAUCCAUCCCCUCACUUUCAGUCUGUGUGUGUCCCUAGGUCUGAAGUGGGUCUCUUGUAGACAGCAUAUAUAUGGGUCUUGUUUUUGCAUCCAUUCAGUGAGCCUGUGUCUUUUGGUUGGAGCAUUUAAUCCAUUCACAUUUAAGAUAAUUAUUGAUAUGUGUGUUCCUAAUACUGUUUUCUUAAUUGUUUUUGAUUUGUUUUUGUAGGUUCUUUUCUUCUCUUGUUUCCCACUUAGAGAAGUUCCUUUAGCAUUUGUUGUAGAGCUGGUUUGGUGGUGCUGAAUUCUCUUAGCUUUUGCUUGUCUGUAAAGCUUUUGAUUUCUUCAUUGAUUCUGAAUGAGAUCCUUGCUGGGUAGAGUAAUCUUGGUUGUAGGUUCUUCCCUUUCAUCACUUUAAAUAUAUGGUGCCACUCCCUUCUGGCUUGUCGAGCUUCUGCUGAGAAAUCAACUGUUAACCUUAUGGAAGUUCCCUUGUGUGUUGUCGUUUUUUCCUUGUUGCUUUUAAUAAUUUUUCUUUGUCUUUAAUUUUUGCCAAUUUGAUUCCUAUGUGUCUUGGCAUGUUUCUCCUUGGAUUUAUCAUGCCUGGGACUCUCUGUGUCCUGGACUUGGGUGGCUAUUUCCUUUCCCAUGUUGGGGAAGUUUUUGAUUAUAAUCUCUUCACAUAUUUUCUCGGCUCCUUUCUCUCUCUCUUCUCCUUCUGGGACCCCUGUAAUGUGAAUUGUUGUGUUUAAUGUUGUCCCAGAGUUCUCCUAGGCUGUCUUCAUUUCUUUUCAUUCUUUUUUCUUUAUUCUGUUCCGCGGCAGUGAAUUCCACCAUUCUGUAUUCCAGGUCACUUAUCCAUUCUUCUGCCUCAGUUAUUCUGCUGUUGAUUCCUUCUAGUGUAUUUUUCAUUUUUCAUUUUUCAUUUCAGUCAUUGUAUUGUUCAUCUCUGUUUGUUUGUUCUUUUAUUCUUCUAGGUCUUUGUUAAACAUUUCUUGCAUCUUCUCGAUCUUUGCCUCCAUUGUUUUUCUGAGGGCCUGGAUCAUCUUCACUGUCAUUAUUCUGAAUUCUUUUCUGGAAGGUUGCCUAUCUCCACUUCAUUUAGCUGUUUUUCUGGGGGUUUAUCUUAUUCCUUCAUCUGGUACAGAGUCCUCUGCCUUUUCAUUUUGUCUGUCUUUCUGUGAAUGUGGUUUUCAUUCCACAGGCUGCAGGAUUGUAGUUCUUCUUGCUUCUGCUGUCUGCCCUCUGGUGGAUGCAGCUAUCUAAGAGGCUUGUGCAAGCUUCCUGAUGGGAGGGACUGGUGGUGUGUAGAGCUGGGUGUUGCUCUGGUGGGGAGAGGUCAGUAAAACUUUAAUCUGCUUGUCUGCUGUUGGGUGGGGCUCAGUUCUCUCCCUGUUAGUUGUUUGGCCUGAGGCAACCCAGCCCUAGAGCCUACCGGGCUCUUUGGUGGGGCUAAUGGUGGACUCUGGGAGGGCUCACACCAAGGAGUACUUCCCAGAACUUUGAGCCACAGCCACCCCUGCCUCUUCAGGAGACCCUCCAGCACUAGCAGGCAGGUCUGGUUCAGUCUCCUAUGGGGUCACUGCUCCUUCCCCUGGGUCCCGACGCGCACACUACUUUGUGUGUGCCUUCCAAGAGUGGAGCCUCUGUUUCCCCCAGUCCUGUCGAAGUCCUGCAAUCAAAUGCCGCUAGCCUUCGAGUCUGAUUCUCUGGGAAUUCCUCCUCCCGUUGCCGGACCCCCAGAUUGGGAAGCCUGACAUGGGACUCAGAACCUUCACUCCAGUGGGUGGACCUCUUUGGUAUUAUUGUUCUCCAGUUUGUGAGUCACCCACCUAGUGGUUCUGGGAUUUGAUUUUAUUGUGAUUGCGCCUCUACUACCUUCUCACUGUGGCUUCUCCUGUGUCUUUGGAUGUGGGGUAUAUUUUUUGGUGAGUUUCAGUGUCUUCCUGUCGAUGAUUGUUCAGCAGUUAGUUGUGAUUCCAGUGCUCUUGCAAGAGGGAGUACAACAUUUUAUUUUAAAUGUACUGCAUGCUCAAUGUAAAAAAAUUUGUAAAAUAUGGAAAAAUAUAGGAACAAAGUUAACAUUUCCAUUAUAAGACAUAAGACCAUUAUCUUUCUAAUCUAUAAUAUACAUAGAUUGUGUGUGUGUAAUUAUUACAAAUUUAGAUCAUAUUGUAAAUAUUUUAGUGUCCUUUUUGUGAAUUGCACUCUCACUUAAUAUUACUUCAAGCAUUUCCCAAUGCCAUUAAAUAUCCUUUGAGGUAUUUUAAUGGUUGAGGAAUGUCUAGUCUUAUGGAUUUCAUACUUUAACCACUUCCAUACUAUUUCCAGUUUUUCUCAUUACAAAUAAUGAUAGUAUUUUAUCUUUCCGUAUUUCAUCACAUCAUUGCCAGCUUUAGACAUUAUAAAGCAGUCUGUAGAAAUUUUAUAGGGAAAAAUAACCUAACCUGAAUUCUUAUGAAGCAAAACAUUUUCUCUUUGUUUAUUGACAUCUGUGUAUAUUCUUUUGUGAAUUGUUCAUGUAGGAAUGAUUGUUCUUUCUAUAAUUUAAAAAUAUAACUGAAUUUUUAAAAAAUUUAACACAUAAAUACAAACGUUACUCUUUGCAAAGAAAUACUUUAGAUCUUGCUAAAUAUUUGAGAAGUAUAUGCACAGCAUAGCGAGAAAAUGCCUACUGAUCAUGAAUCACUAUGUGAAAACAAGGCAGGAAUUUCUGUAGGUUGCUGUAUAUCUUUCAGCAAAUAUAAUCCA